AUGGAGCCUUUAGUUAGCGAGUCGAUCUAUGCGGAGGGGUCUGUCAAGGUCAUCUGCAUUGGAGCAGGAGCUUCUGGACUUCUUAUGGCAUACAAGCUCAACAAACACUGCAGUAACUUCAACCUCACAAUCUAUGAGAAAAACGACGAUCUCGCGGGUACUUGGCAUGAAAACCGAUACCCAGGCUGUGCUUGCGAUGUUCCCGCUCAUAACUACACGUACUCGUUCGAACCUAAGACCGACUGGACCUCUGUCUAUGCAAGCUCGACCGAGAUCAAACAGUAUUUUGUGAAUUUCUGCGACAAAUACAGACUACGCCAGCACAUCAAGCUCUCACAUUGCAUUCAGAACGCCGAAUGGAUUGAUUCUGAUGGAGAAUGGGAGGUAGAAGUGUCGGAUCUGAACAGCGAGAAGACAUUCAAAGACCGCUGUCACAUCCUGAUCCACGCAUGUGGGUAUCUCAACAAACCUGCCUUUCCAAAUAUACCCGGAAGGGAUAAGUUCAAAGGCAGUCUUGUACACAGUGCAGCGUGGGAUAAAUCUGUUGAGCUAUCUGGCAAGAAAGUGGCUCUAUUAGGAAGCGGAUCAUCCGCACUGCAAAUACUUCCCGCUAUACAACCGACCGUCAAAAGUGUCGUGAACUUCGUCCGAUCGCCCAUCUGGGUACUUCCCACAAUCUCCGCUGGAUCAUCAAAAACGUUCACGAAAGCCGAUAUGGAAGAAUUUCGGGAGAAUCCCGACAAGCACAUCGCUCUACGCAUGUACAACGAAAGUGUCAUGAACAGCAUUUUUUGCAUGUACCUCGCGGGCUCUAAACUGCAAGUUGAGUUCAAGGAGAUUCUGAAACGCUCAAUGAAAGAUGCGCUUCAAAACGAAGAUCUCGAAGCCGCAUUGGUGCCCAAUUGGGAUGUUGGUUGUAGACGACUAGCACCUGAUACUGGAUAUCUUGGGAGCAUCGUCCAGCCGAACGUUCACACCAUCAAAGCUGGCGUAUCUGCAUUUUAUUCAGAAGGGUGUAUUGAUGAUUUGGGAGACCGCCACGAAGUAGACGUAAUCAUAUGCGCAACAGGCUUUGACACAUCUUAUGUGCCCCGAUUCCCCAUCAUCGGGAAUCAAGGUCUGAACCUUCAGAAUGCUUGGGAGGAGGCCCCUACUUCCUACAUGGGCGUUGGCAUCGCUAGAUUCCCCAAUUUCAUGACGCUCCUCGGGCCAUAUAGCCCCGUGGCAAACGGUCCUACUGUGGCUUCCAUGGAAGCGCAAGCCGACUAUAUAGUCCGCAUGAUCGAUCGAUACCAAACGGAACCCAUACAUUCCUUUCACCCUACCCCUGCCGCCGAAGCAGACUUCAUGGAACAUGUCAAAGGCUUCAUGAAGAAGACAGUUUACACAGACAACUGCCGAUCCGGUCAUAAGAAUCACACGGUAGCAGGUCGAGUACCUACACUCUGGCCUGGAAGUGCUUUGCAUUACCUCCAGGCUAUGCAGGAGAUUCGGACCGAGGAUUGGCAGUUCUCGUACACCAAGAAUCGUUUCUCUUUUCUGGGCAAUGGAGUCAGCCAUGCUGAGUUCGAUCCAACGAGCGAUUUGGCUUAUUACAUUCGGGAAUAUGACGAUGGACCGCCUCUGAGCCGGAAGGGGCGCAUGAAGAAGGCUAUGCACGCGGGAUCUCAGCCAUCUAGGCUACUUCAUUCGAUACAUAAACCCGGUGUUGUAAACCUGGCUCCUUGCGUACGGAAAGGCAGGCCGGUGCCACGGCGAAAUAUGCUUGUGUCGUUUGAUUCAAGUCAAGAAUGA